CUGGCGAGUAGCGGCAGCAAGUGUAUGUAACCAGUCCUGGACGGACGGUCAAUCCGGUGUCUUGUGAACCGCUCGCUCGGUCAGGAUUGAUCGGUUGGAUUCGACGCGUGGGCAAAGUCGCCGGGAAGAAAACGAGACGGAGGAAAAAAGUGAUCUAGCCGGUGUGCAAAUUUCGGAUUACCCUUUUCUCGCGAGAUUUCGUGAGGCAGGGCUUAAGAAGAACACAAUGUCAGCAGCCGUGAGGGAGCGAACGUCGACGCACACCAGCAGAAAGAUUGUGAGUCAUGGCGGUCCUAUAUCUGGCCACAGAGACGGAGCAGCCACGGCCAGCAGUCUCGAAAACAACUUGGACGCACUUCUCGAGGAUCUGCAGACGAGUGUCUCGAGAAGUGCCACUCCUAGCCGAGACAGAACACUCUUACCCCAAGUCGAAUAUAGGGUAGCUGCCAACCCCACCAGAGUAAUCUCCGAGGGCAGGUCCAUGUCUCCGUCUCGCUCGAGGGUGACUACCACUGAAAAAUUCGUUAGUACCGGUCCAGCUGGAACGGGAAGCGGUAUACCGGGGCUGGAACAUCUGGACGCGGAGCUGCAAGAUGUCCAACCCGGUCAAACUAAAACGGUGGCCUACAAGCAGGUGUCGUACCACUACAACAAGGAUUUGGACGGGAAACCGGACUCAUGGGGCAUAUCAGAAAGCAAACAGCCUCUCACUGGCGCGCCCUUGAUGGAAGACAUCCAUGAAAGAUCCUACGAGGAGACUAAAACUCCAGCGAGUCCAUACACGUAUCAAAGUCCAGAACCGGUUAUUAAAAAAUCAGUGGUUAACAGAGAAUUGGUCUAUGGCGACUCGUCUCGUUCGAAACAAAUUUCUCCGCUACCAGGGUCUCAAGGCACGCAAGAAUACAAGACCAUCGAGUACAACGUCCCGUCGCCAAGUCCAUCGAUACCGAUCAAUCUGGCGCCCGGACCAAACACAAAAGUAACCACUACCAUCAAGACGUACACCUACGAACUACCGGGAGCGCCGGAAACGUAUCUACCAGGUGGCAACGUGCCAGGGAGUGUCGUGCUGCCCGGUGACCAAAUGAUCACGUACACCCUACCGAGAACCACCACAGACAAGACGGUCACCUAUCAGACCAUGACGGAGAACGUGCCGGGACAUCCUGGUACGCCGAUCAGAUACUCGCCGACCGAGAUCAAGACGGAGAAGUCUAAAACUAUACACAAAGAGGCCAAGUUCUACCGCGAGGAUCACCAUGGCCAAUCGUCUCCCUAUCCCUACCGUAACGCUGUACCGACGAACUUGGAGUCCAAGACCACCGUGACCGAGAAGUAUUACCAUGACGGUAAUUAUCCUAAUGGCCACGGACCGGGCGACCGUCCGGACUACUCUACAGGCUCCUUAUAUCAAAAUCAAUCGCCUCCCGUGAGCGAAACGCACACCAGAAGCAUCAAUCGGUUCGAAGAGUAUAGAUCCGGCACGUCGUCGUCCAGCGGACGUUAUCCCGACAAGCCAGAUACUCCGACCAGGAGCUAUUAUCCGGCUAUUGUCCAAGAGACACCGCCGCAGUCCAGCACAACGAUUUACAAAUUCUCGAAUACUAUGACGACAGUACCGCCGAACAAGCACGCCGACGACCACGAGGUCCUCCUGCCGAAGCCGUUUCCAACUUCUGCUAAGCGAAUUGCCAAUGGCGAAGGACCACCGACGAAACUGGAGGAUCUCAUGGCCUCGUUCUCUGAUUCUGAGCGAGAGGUAUUGGAAGAUAUAGAGAAGCAAGAGCGUCAGAGCAAAAAGGAAUCGCCGGCUACGAAGAAGAAGGAAGUUGAUUUUCUCCCGCAUACACCACCCAAAGUCAAAAGCAAGAACGUUGCUGGGCCUCCGGUCUAUUAUCCUCCUGGCUCGGCGGAAUUCACCAAGAAGGAAGAAUCUAGUGUUGCCAUGGCACAAUCCGGCGGAGAAUGGCAAAAGGCCAGCGGAAAAUACGAAUACGAGGCUUCCAGCAAAAGUAAAAGCAAAAGCAGCAAAGGGGGUGCUGUUGUCCCAGUUUGCCUCCCGUUAUGCUGCGCGUUGCCAUGCGUCAUUAUGUAACUUAUUAUUACAGUAACAAAUUAACGAAGUACAUGACAUACACACACGAUAUACAUUUGUUAUCAUAAUAUAAUCGACAGAAAUUAAAGGAGAAGUUAAUGCAAAAGCAUAAUCUUAGAGCAGAGUUUUAUAAAUUUCAUAACUUUUCCUUGCCGAUAUAAGGUUCGUUCAUUUGACUUGCAUAUUACGCUUUUUCUUCUCCUUAGGUAACAUCAAUUUCACUUUAAUUAUAAAAAUAUGGCUAAGAAGUUUCUAUGUACGUGUUGAUAUACUUAAUACAUGACAGAUUAUAUAUUAAGCAAGUAAUCAAAACAAAUCGUGCUGUUACAUGAAAGUGAACGUUACUGCGCUAUGUUAACAUAUUUAUAAAGCAGGAAUAUUUCGAGAAGCUAUUUAUUUUUAUUUCUAUUAUUACAAGUAUUAUUUUUCCCAGUGGCAAAUUAUUAAAAAGUUUUACAUGUACCGCAAUAUAACAUAUGUUAUAACGGAA